AUGGAGGAGAAUCAAGCUGCACACAAGCGACGACGCAAUGAAGAAACUCAAUUGCAUGUUCCCGAGGGAAGUGCAUAUCAUGCACAUACCUCUGUAGACGUUAUGAUCAGGAGCCGUCCCACCAUCAAAACUACAUACUUUCAAAAUGCCAACACGUCUCCGGCUGUACCCACUAGUUCCUCGAUCACAAACCUUGGGAGUUCCGAGACUUUUGAUUUCGCUUCUUAUUUCAAUGAUGAUCAACCAUACCUCGAUUAUCUUGCCGACACCAGCACAGAUACCACACCAGUGAAAGCCAAACGGCCACGCGCACCGGUGGAUGACCCUCAAAAACAAUGGCUGCAGGAGCGUGAUAAUUUUCUCAAGGAAUUCAUUCGGCUAGAAGGGCAUGGAGAUGAUGCAUGGCACAUGCAUUGUCAUGGGGAGCAGACAUGCGUAAACCAGCCGUCUAUUCGGUGUACUGAUUGUGAAGGAUUACAGUUGUACUGUCAGUCUUGUGUCAUCUCACUGCACCGCGCAGCGCCUUUGCACCGUGUUGAAAUUUGGACUGGGAAAUACUUCCAGCGCAGCAACUUAAGAGACUUAGGGCUACGUGUCCAACUCGGACAUCCAACUGGUGUCCGUUGCUGCAAUCCCUCUCCUGCUUUCCAGGACGACUUCGUCGUCCUUGACAUCACCGGUGUCCACACGCAAACACACACUACCCAACUCCUGCGCACUCACUGGUACCCAGCAACCGUCACAGAUCCCCGAACUGCUGCAACAUUCCGGAGUCGGCAAUUUCGACAUAUACUAUCUCUUAAACGUGCCGGGCGUGGCCAUGAACCUGGUGGCGCUCUCGGCACAACGGAAGGAGAACUCGCCGUACUGUGCCCGGCUUGUCCGCAACCUGGCAAAAACUUGCCUUUGGGUUGGGGAGACAUUGAGGCCACAACACAAAAAUGUAGAUGGCUUUAUGCUUUAUUUCUGGCAAUGGACGCUAACUUUCGCUUAUGCCGCCGCAAUAAGUCCUCUGAGCAGGCAGACCCUAGCCUUAGCCAAGGCUGGGCUUAUUUCGUAGAACAAAGUGGAUUCAAAGAUGUUCUUGCUUAUGCCAGCCAGAAAAGUUCUUGUGCCAGUCACAACGCCGUUAAUCUUGCCGACACCAAGAAUUCACGGGGACUGGCUGCCACAGGCGUCGGCGCCAUCGUUUGUGCUCGUCAUAACCUCACACGUCCGUCCUCAGUUGGAGAUCUCCAAAAAGGAGAAAGAUAUGUGAAUAUGGAUUUCCUGUUCUUCUCGACUUUGCAACACUCUGGCGAGGUUCUCGUUCUCAAUAUCUCAUAUGAUAUUGCAUGUCAAUGGAGUAAGCAUUUGUGGGAGCGGAUGUCACGCUAUCCGUCCCAGAUCCAUUUUUCGGGCGACUCGAAAAUUUUAACAUUCCUCAUUCCCAAAUUUCAUCUGCCGGCGCAUAUUGCAGCAUGCAUGGCGCGGACUGACGGUGAAGCCAUUGAACGCGGAUGGUCAAACAUGAAUCCUAUCGCUACCAGCACGCGUCCUUCACUGCUCAAAAAACUCAAGGAGGCAAUUCCAGAAUGUUAUCAGCAUGCUGUAGAUCUUCGGGACUUCGAGGAAGCUAUCCCGUCUUCGAGUCUUAGUGCCUGGCGGAAGUUGGUAGAAGAUUGGGAGGGUGAUCGUUCAAAGCCGAACCCGUUCGAGAUUAAAGUGUCAGUUGUCACCCAGGCGUCUGUCAGACUCGAGCUCUCUCAGCUUGAAGCCCAGCAGCUAAGACAAGGGAUUGAUGCCUCCCUCCACCCAGAUGUCUCCCCUAGCGUAUUAAUAGCUGUUGGGAUCGACCUAGAGGCUUUACAACGUCGGCUCGCAACGGACACUGCGAACAUUGGAAUCCACGCCACCGAUAAUCAACUGUCUGCUAUGCAACAACGCAUCAAUGCACUGCGCCGUCGGAUUGAACAGUGGAUCCAAAUCCAAAUGCUAUAUAUCCCCAGUGUUGCCAGACUUCGAGCGUACACCUCUGAUACUGAGGAUACCACCCUUGAGGAGCCUGUUCACACCAUCAAACUGUGGAUGCCGUCUGCAGUGGUGAAAGCGGGCAUGUCUUGCGAUGUGAAUCUGUGUAACAUCGAGUGGAAGUUACGCUGUGCCCAGGCGCAUGAUGGUCUCCAGGAGCUCCGGCAACACCUACGACUCAAACGCCAUCUCACUGGGUUCAAGAAGAACUGGUUAACUGGCCAACGAGCGCACACGAGAUCCCGUGCCGUCAUUGAUACUGUCCAGGCGAAAAUAGACGCUGCCGCAACAAAGUAUCGCACGGCAUGGAGGGCACUUGAUGACUUAGCCGAUGCACUCCUACGCCUUGAUUGGGAAAUUGAAUUCCCAAAGCUCGAAGAUGAGCAUAUUCGUGGUAUGACUGAGGCGCAGGCGGGAGGUUUGGUGUCAGAAGGUCGAAGAUUCGUAGCCGUGUCUUGGAUUUGGAAGCAGCGCCAUGGAGCGGGUGAGGAAGAACUUUCUGAAGCAAUGCGCGUUGAGUGGUGCAAGGCACGAGCUCGUGCCAACAGGUGGGCAGAGGAGGUCGAACUUGUGCAGGAGGAGAUGCGACGUGUAUUAGCUUUGAAACGCGCAACCUCCAGAAUAUAUGAUGGAGCAAUGGAGCACGAGGGAGCAGUUGCAUAUGCCUUGCGACAGGCUAAGAUCCGCCGGUCCAUGCGGAACGACUGUCUUUUCCUGUGGGAUGUGGUUCCCAGCCUUCUCUCUGUUCAAACCACUACAGAACGAGCACCUGUACCCGCCACGACUACUGCAUAG